AAGCAGCGUAGAGCCAGAGAGAGAGGCUUCAGCCGCUGAACCCCCUUCGACGCGUCCCGCUGAGCAACAUCAACAUCACCUCGACGAGGAACGGCAUGAGACGGCACCUGAGACGUCUCGUCCCGAGGAAGGUGGUGAAUCACAACGACAGCCUCAACCUCCUUCCCCUUUGCCACAAGAACAACUUGGAGAACCGAGAUUUGGCCCGCAUGUGAACCGCGCUCCCUUAACGGGUCAGGUUUGCAGGUGAGAUGCGCACUCCCUUUGCUUACUUUGAUUUGCUUUGCCCUGACACUUCGUGCAGUAAUUGCGGGACAACGAGAACUCCUCUCUGGCGACGAUCCCCUACAGGAUCUACAAUCUGCAAUGCAUGUGGCCUCUAUCUCAAAGCUCGCAACACCGCUCGCCCGACCAAUUUGAAGCGGCCGCUUCCGCACUCCACCGCAGCUGGACACCACCCAUCACAACAUGGAGCCGAAUCUCAACGAGGCGGAUCGCCCUUGCCGCAUCCCAGUGCCAGCCCGCAUCCGCCCGCGCUUUCAACCUACGUUGCUGUGGACCAUGUCCCUGGUGGAUCGUGUCCUGGAGGUGGCCGAUGCAAUGGUACCGGAGGCGCUGAGGGAUGCAGUGGGUGCCCGGCGUACAAUAAUCGAGUAUCAAAAACUGCGCAAUUCGCAUUAGCACACACUCAUACGCCGGGGAGAGCUGCUGAGCGUUACCCCCCUGCUAAUAUCAGUUCACCCCAAGCCACUGCGGUCAUUGCAGAUAGCGGGACGACUGCUGCCGAUGCCGCACAACCCCACACCCCAGGACAAGCCAGUACCAGCGUGACAGUGGCUUGCCAAAACUGCGGAACAACCAUUACGCCUUUAUGGAGAAGAGAUGAGAAUGGUCAUACUAUCUGUAAUGCAUGCGGCCUCUAUCAUAAACUUCAUGGCGUUCACCGACCUGUUGCUAUGAAGAAGUCGGUAAUUAAGCGCCGAAAACGAGUUGUGCCUGCGCUUCAGGAUCAAUCAUUAAAUGCCCACGUUCAUGGCCCAAUGGGCCCGUCGGUCUCGCCCGAUCCGCCUCAUUACAGAUACCAUGACCAGCAACCGAUGGAGAACCACCGCGGAACUGUGAACCCUGACGGCUCUGUAAAUCUUGGCUUCCGAUCACAGGGCAGACUUAGCAUUUCCGAGUCGCUCAGCCCGACCGCGCAUGACCAACCCUCCCGCUACCAUGCUGCGCCUCCUGCGCCGAUUGAUUUCACAAGCUAUCCUCCCCAAAGCCACGAACGCCCCCAUCAUGGACCCCAGCUUUCUCCUCACAGUCAUCCUCAUUCUCAGCACCAACCCGACCGCCUUUCACCUGCACCGCGCCAUCCCUCUACGUCGCCCCAUCUUAAUGGCUCCACGGCCCGUAAGCGCUCCUUUUCAGUGGCAGAAGGAGAGAGCUCGCAGGAGUUGGGCGACGUUGCGAAGACGAAUCGUUUGAAUAGCAUCAAAUCAAUCCUCAACCCGUCCCAACAAUCUUCAGUCGACGUGCCAAUUGAGCCAUCUCUUCUCGCUUUGGGCCGACAUCCUUCUGCCUUCUCGGAAGGAAGUCCAGGUGCAGAAGCGUCAGCGGCAGCGGCUGGUACUGGUGGUAUCGAACAACCAGCUACCAAACGACGCGCUAGUCGCCGUGCGGACUUGCAAAAGGAGAUGGAGCGAAUCAGGGAGAUGCUUGCCGCCAAAGAACGCGAGUUGGCUGAGCUUCCUGUCGAGGAUGGCGGAGACGAAUAGCCUAUUUGACAACCCUUUUUGUCCGAAUCUUACUUUUGGGGGGAUGAAAAUCAAUUCGAGCUUUGCAUGCACGGGGUUCGUUUUCUCUUCGGCAUUCUUCCUUUCUUCUCUUCUUCUUUUUAUCCCCCUUUCUCUUAACUAUGGCGGUAUACGAAUUGGCUGAGGGAGCUUCUUAGCGUGGAAUGGGAAUUUGUGCA